AUGAGGGGUUUCAUGUGCCAGUCUGUGGAAGUAACUUCAGGAUGCACCAUACCUGAUCCUCGGUCGGUCAUUGUUCCUAGGAGAGUUCCAGAUCAAGCUCUGGUGGAUUCUACUUGUCUUUUAAACAAAGGCAGGUACUCGAGACUUGUUGAGGCUCAGAGCAUUGGUGCAGCCACAAGCAAGAGUAGAUCAGUUCUGGUGCAUGCUGAUAAAAGAGGACAUAACGAGACCGCUUCUUCGAAAGCCAUCCAGCAACCGUCUUCCCUGGAUUCAUCAGAUAAUGUAUUCCGGGUGGUUGUUAUGAGGGUGUCUCUUCAUUGUCAAGGCUGUGCGGGCAAAGUAAAGAAGCAUCUGUCUAAGAUGGAAGGAGUAACAUCCUUCAGCAUAGAUCUGGAGACAAAGAGGGUGACCGUGAGGGGACAUGUAUCACCAGUCGGAGUCCUGGAGAGCAUCUCAAAGGUGAAGAGAGCUGAGUUCUGGCCUCCUCCUUGAAGAAUUGAAGAAACUGUCUUCUUUAACCUUCCUCUUGGAACUGUUUCAACCUGGUGGUCCAUUCCAUUAAGAAAAAGAGAAAAUUGGCAAAAAGAAAGAAAAAAAGUUGAAGACUCUGAUCAUCCGAAAUGGCCUCAGGUCAGACUGAUAGUGAUGUUGGGUGUUUUGACAGGAAGGCUUGGACCAUUUGCUUUUUUCUUCUUUCUUGGGCUACUGUACUGUCCCUAUUAGAGCCAAACGCAUAUGUUCUUGAGAUUUUAUGCUUAAUGGUGCUAAAUUAUUGUGGCAAAUUUGUAUGUGAUUU